GUUUGAUGGUUAAAUAAAAGUCUCACCAGACUUUAUUUAUUUUAAUCUCAGAUUUUAAAGUGUUUCAUUGUUUAAUAAUUUGCGAAUCUAAACGUCAGGUAUCGUUCUUUUUUUUCUGUUGACGUUUAAUAAUAAAAAGAUAUUUCGCAUACUUCCGCCAUGAAACGCUUAUGUGGUUAUGGCUGCGUAUUGAAUGCGCAUAAUGCAUUGAAACCGAGCGCAUUCUGUUGUGCCUCAUGUUAGUUAUUAACCUCAAAUGUCUGCGAAUCUCCGCAUUCUGUGCUCCAGAUUAGCCAAGAGUCAGGAAACAACGCUGAACACGCAAAUACAAAUAACAUUAUAACAGAAUGUUGUACAUUCAUUACUCGUGGAGAUGUUUAGACAUUAAAUAUUAUGAAGACAUGUAAAAGCGCUUUUUGUCGCGUGGCAGAAAAUGAAGUGUGUAUUGUGUCUUGGAUAGACACAAUGGAUGUUCUAAGGUCUGGCUUAACUUCUUCAAAACCUAUUACCAUUGUAGAAUGGAGUAAACGUUCAGAUCAUUAAUUCUUUAUUACCUCUGGAGUUUGCCCUGCUGGACAUAGAAGGUGCCCUUCCAUCAUAAUGACUGGCAAUGAGCGCCCAGGGAAGUCCAGGUUUUGGCACCCUUUCACUGGCUUCAGGACACGCAUGGAGAGGGUCAUGCUGGCCCGGAGUGAAAGUGUGCCAGGAGAACCCGUCUUAAAAGUGACCAUUACGGAGACCACAGUACUUGAGUCUGACUCGGGUGUGUGGAACUCCAGAGCUCUGGUGUAUCUGGUGCUUUGGUACUUCUUCAGCUUCUGCACGCUCUUCCUCAACAAGUACAUCCUCUCUCUUCUGGAGGGAGAGCCCAGCAUGCUGGGUGCGGUCCAGAUGCUCUCCACCACUGUCAUUGGCUGUGUUAAAAUGUUCGUGCCUUGUCCCCUGCACCACCACAAAUCCCGUGCUGAAUUCCCCUCCAACUUUCUGAUGAUAAUGCUCUUUGUAGGGUUGAUGAGGUUCACAACUGUCGUGUUGGGUUUGAUUAGUCUGAAAAAUGUUGCAGUAUCAUUCGCUGAGACAGUGAAGAGCUCAGCGCCCAUCUUUACUGUUAUCAUGUCCCGACUCAUACUGGGAGAAUACACAGGUUUCUGGGUGAAUUUGUCUCUGUUUCCUGUGAUGGCAGGUCUGGCUCUCUGCACGGCCACUGAGGUCAGCUUUAACAUGCUUGGCUUCUCUGCCGCUCUCUCCACCAACAUCAUGGACUGUUUACAGAAUGUGUUUUCUAAGAAACUCUUGAGUGGGGAAAAGUAUAAGUUCAGUCCUUCAGAGCUUCAGUUUUACACCAGUGCUGCAGCGGUCAUCAUGCUUAUACCAGCUUGGGUUUUUCUUAUGGAUAUGCCUGUGAUCGGGAAGGGCGAGAGAAACUUUAAAUUGUCCCAGGACAUUGUGUUGCUGCUGCUGUUCGAUGGUGCUCUGUUCCACUUACAGAGCGUCACAGCAUAUGCCCUCAUGGGCCGCAUCUCUCCCGUCACCUUCAGUGUCGCGAGCACAGUGAAGCACGCUCUCUCCAUCUGGCUGAGCAUCAUUGUUUUCAGUAACCCCAUCACUGUGGUGUCUGCAGUGGGCACGGUCAUGGUGUUCGGGGGAGUUCUGCUUUAUAACAAGGCAAAACAAGUGCAGAGAGACAUUCUUGUCCAGCAUUUUCAGGUCCAAUCAGAUUCGGAAAAGAACCCCCUUAUCCAAGACUGCGAAGCCACGCCUCUCAAAUAAACUGUAAUAUGGUUGUAUUCCACCCCAAAGGAGGUUUGUGGAUUUCAGUCUUUUCCAAGAUUUUGACCCAGCCAGGCAGAUAUAUCCGAGCAGGAAAACAAAGGGCGUAAACAUUCUUAAAACCGGAUUUUAACAUUUAUAUGCUUGACAAUUAUUUCAAUGGUGGUCAAAAUUCAGAAAGGAUAUUAAAAAAAGGUCGGGUCUUUUUUACACAAGCUCUUUCUUAAAUUUUGGUAUCGCAUGAAUUAGAAGUUGUGCCUUUAUAUGACUCAUUCUUUUCGGUUUCGGGACCCAUCAGUUUUCCUUAGAGUGGUGAAAAUAAAUGGAGACUCAAGAAUUCCACAUUUAUGGAAGAAAUCUUAUCUGCAAGAAAUAUGCAGAUCACAUUUCAUCCAAAAUAGCAUGAUUUAUUUUUCUUAAUUUUGGGGCAAAGAUUUUCUUUGUGCGAAGUAUCUUGGAAGUUCGUUGCAUAAAAUGAUAGCAAGCACCUUUUUCUCAGGCUUCCGGAGUUCAAUGUAAUGCUUUUACAUUCCACCACUUUUCUUAAAUAACAAUUGUCAUGUGGGCUGUGCACAUACCGUCCUCUGUAACAGAACUCUGAAUUCUGAUUGCAGUCAUUGUAGGCAUGGCUGUUAGCUCCCUGUGUUUUCACUUGUCUUGUCAUGAUUUACUGGAACCAUAGGUCAUGCUAUGAAACAAAGAGUUUCUCGAGUGACGUGGCACAUGUUGGAUCAAGAACAUUCAUAUCAUCACACUUGUAACUGUUGGAUGAUUGUGAAAAUACUCGAUGACUUGCUAUUAGUCACAAUGUAUUUUGAGCUUGUUUAAGUGAAUACGAUUUUUUGUAAUUUGUUGUAAAUCUCCCUCAAGUUGUUUGCUGACGUUGCGUAACUGACAAGACGAGAAGUAGACAAGUCGGAUAUGAUGAAAGAAUACUUGAAACUGGUCGAAGUUUGAGGUAGUAAACUUAUGGUUCAGCUGUGGUGGGUUGCACAUAAAUGACAUGUACAAUAAGAUAACCUGUAUUUUAUAUUCCGUGUUAAAUAAUUAGUGAUGGGAAUUGUAUAAUUUGGUCUGUAUAUGUACAUUUUUAACACAAGUCGAUUUAAACGAAUUUUGCAAUUCUUUAAUAAAUAUAUGAGCUUCAA